CGAAGUUGUCUUUGUUGUUUAUGUUAAAGUCCAUGUAUAGAGUGUAGAUACGAAGAGCAUAUUAUUUUAUAGUAUUUCUGUUUUCCUCGGAUUUGGGUGCGAGGAACUUGUGUAGCUACCCUGGCCUCAUCUGAAGAGGAGCAUUUUGAAGGUGGCUCGUCUCCCCCGCCACGUAAAAAGGCUCGAAAAACAGUGAAUUUGGAGUCUGAAAUGCAUCGGAGACGGACUCAAUUUGUGGGAGAUGUUGAUGUCGAAGAAUGUGAUUCCAGCUCGAAUGGGGAGCUACUUACAGUAUCAAAGCACAAGAAACCAUCAAAUCAAAUCAAACAGAAAGCGUUUACAACAUUUGAAGUGGAUUCAGUACGAUUAAUUGGUCAACAUUUACGUGGGCUUGGAUUGCACAAAUCGGCUGAUAUGUUGAUGCAAGAGUCGGGGUGUAGGCUUGAACAUGAAUCGGCUGUUAAAUUUAGGGAGAGCAUUCUUUCUGGCGAUUGGGAUAGAGCUGAAUCAUUUUUAAAAGAAGUGAAGCCAUUCUUAGGGACAUCUGAGGAACUAGUAAAGAAAGUAAAACUUCUUAUUCUUGAGCAAAAAUUUCUGGAAUUAAUCGAAAGUGGUAAAUCUGUUGAUGCAUUAAAAUGUCUGCGUCAGGAGAUAACACCGCUUCGAAAUAGCAAGGAAAAAGUCCACCGUCUAACUGGAUUACUAAUGUGUGCAAAUAAUGAAGAAUUAUAUCGAAAAUCAAAGUGGCAUGGUAAAGGUCAGCAUUCAAGGCAACGUUUGAUGGAAAAGAUACAAGAAUUACUUCCUUCUUCCAUCAUGCUUCCACCUCGAAGACUGUAUACCCUACUUUGUCAAGCACAGGAAUUACAAAGAAAUCAAUGCCUUUACCAUAAUUCAGAGUUUGAGAAUCAUCCUACCUCAUUCUCACUCCUUACUGACCAUACAUGCACCAGAAGACAGUUUCCCUGUGAGACCAAGCACAUUUUGACAGAGCAUUGUGAUGAGGUUUUAUUCCUACGGUUUUCUCAUGAUGGUCACAAGCUAGCCUCAGCCUCAAAAGACAACACUGUCAUAAUUUGGGAAAUCACGAAAGAUAAUGUGAAAAAAUUACGUGUUUUGGAUGGUCAUGAACUGGGAGCAUACUACAUAUCCUGGAGUCCAAAUGAUCAGCAUCUCAUUGUAUGUGGGGCUGAAAACUGUAAUGAACUCUGUAUAUGGGAUAUUGAGACUGGAGUUUUACGAUGUCGAGCAACACAAGCCACGGAAGAUAGUUUGACAGUUUGUUCGUGGAAUCCUGAUGGUAAACGACUGUAUACAGGAGGAAUGAGAGGACAAUUCUUUCAAUGCGACUUAGAUGGCAACGUGUUGGAACAAUGGGAAGGUAUUCGUGUUCGUAGUCUUCACUGUUUAAAAGAUGGAAAGACUGUUUUAGCUGCUGAUAGUCACAACAGAAUUAGGAGUUAUAACUUUGAAGAUUUCUCCGAUAGAAAUUUAAUUCAGGAAGAUCAUCCUAUUAUAUCGUUCGCUGUUUCGGAGAAUGAUCGAUUUAUUUUAAUAAAUGUUGGCACCCAGGGCCUGCAUCUGUGGGACAUUAAAGAUCGAGUUCUAAUACGAAGAUAUCAGGGGUUGAGCCACGGUUUCUGUGUUAUAUACUCGUGUUUUGGUGGCUUCAAUCAGGACUUCAUUGCAAGUGGCAGUGAAGAUCAUCAGGUCUAUGUUUGGCAUAUUAAACACCCAGAACCAAUUAUGGUUCUCAGUGGUCACACAAAGACUGUCAACUGUGUCCACUGGAAUCCAAAGGUUCCCAGCAUGCUUGCGUCAGGUAGCGACGACGGCACAGUAAGAAUAUGGGGGCCCGGUGAGAAUCUAGAAACAAACAAUUCCAGUGUCAGCACAGCUGUAUAACGUAUUAUUGUAAAUAGGCGGUAUAUAAUCAGGUAUAUAUAUUAUAUUGUUGUCAUAUUAGUUAUAUUAUUGAAAUUUGAUUUGCAUGGUACGGAACUUUAUGUCGAUGUUACCACGGUACUGUGAGUCAGCAGUCUGAAUGUCAGACGUUUAAGCUAUGAACGGUGCUUCACGUAAUGUUCACAUAUGGGUAUAAGUUUCACAUGAAAUGAAAUUGAUUUUUAAUUAUAUUUAUAUAUGGGUGAAAGAUUAAAGUCUGUUAAUAUACAUAAAAGAAUGAAUAAAAACCAUAGAACGGA